AUGGCACCUUCUCGUGGCAUCAAACCUCUCGCACGCAGCUUACACACUACACUGGAAAACCACAAAGGCGCAGUUAAUGUCGCUCGCUAUUCUAAAGGAUCUGCCAGUUACAUCCUAACCGGAGGUCAAGACAGAGCUGUCCGGCUAUGGAAUGCUAACCUGGGGACAGAAAUAAAAGCAUUUACCGCUCAUGGGUAUGAGAUACUGUCUAUCUCAGUGUCUCAGGAUAACGCCAAGUUCGCGUCGUCCGGCGGUGAUCGCUCUGUUUUUCUGUGGGAUGUCGCUGCCGGCGUGACAACAAGGCGUCUUGCGGGACAUAUGGGGAAGAUAAAUGUGGUGGAAUUCAAUGAAGAUGCUAGUGUCGUCGCAAGCGGAUCUUUCGAUUCGACUGUGAGGCUGUGGGAUCUUAGGGCUCAGACAAGGCAGGCAAUUCAAGUUCUCGAAGAAGCACGAGAUGCAGUUCAGACUAUACACGUCGGCCCAACGUUCAUCAUUACUGGCUCAGUAGACGGUCAUGUUCGCACGUACGACCUUCGCAUGGGAGAGCUUCGCUCAGAUUUCAUAGGUCAUCCCGUAACAUCGGUGAUUCCUACUCAAGAUAACCAGACUUAUCUCGUAUCCACUCUCGACAGCCAUAUACGACUUAUGGAUUGUUCAACUGGCAAGAUGCUGAAUGAUUUCACAGGUCAUGUAAAUGAAUCGUAUCGUUGUCGUGCUUGCUUCGGCCACGGAGAAGCAACAGUCAUAUGCGGCGAUGAGAAAGGACAGGUCUGGGCUUGGGAUUUGGUUGAUGCCAAAAUUAUGCAACCAAAUCCUCCGCCUAAGGUCCAUUCAAAACUUAUCACCUGGAUAGAACACCACCCCACAGAGGCAGGUGAAAUGAUCACAGCAAGCGCUGACGGUACAGUUAAAGUGUGGAGGUACCCUGACAAUGCCUGA